AUGGAUCAACUAUUCAGAAACAAGAAACUUAACGUAAGCGUAAGAACUGUGAGGAGGGGUGAGGAGGUACUAUUCUACGCAAAAGACGUGGCAGAAUCACUAGGAUACACAAACACAAGAAAAGCCGUCAGGGACCAUGUGUGGAAUAAAAAUAGGGCAACAGUGGGGGAGCUCCAAGGGGGGAACGAUUCGUUCCCCCCUUCAGGACAACAGUCAAACACAAUCCUACUGUACGAACCAGGUCUGUACCAACUGAUUUUCAAUUCCAAACUUCCAAUAGCAGAGGCCUUCCAGGAUUGGGUAUUCAAGGAUGUACUUCCAUCUAUCCGCAAAACGGGGUCAUACAAGUUACCAGAACCAAAGUCCCUCUGUGGUAAACAGUUGCAGCUACUCAAUGAGACUGACCUUCAUUAUGCAGUUGUUAGGUACAUAAGGAAGUACCAUCCGAACGCCCUAAUUGUACCGGGGCUAGGUGAGUACCAAGACACAGUCCAACGUAGAUGCGACGCAUAUCGUAAGGGAUACAUAGGUGGCCAACCUGAUAUCCUGAUAACAAAUCCAAUGAAUGGUUACAAUGGAUUUGCAAUUGAACUCAAGACUCCUAAGGGUACAGGCGAGAUUAGGGACAAUCAGGUGGUCUGGCUAAAGUUGCUUUGCGAACGGGGCUAUAAAACAACGUUCUUCAAUGACUACACAGAUCUUGUACUUAAGAUAGAUGAGUACUUCAGAGUAGAUCUAACAGUGAAAGCAUAA